GGCUCUUCUCCAUUUAGCUCUUCCGUCUCUGAGAGUAGUGAUCGUGAUAGUAUUAGAGCAUUACACGCAAUCCAAAUAAUUGUAAAAAUACAACAAAUACAAAAGUUGAUCGUCUCAGGGAAGUGAGGCUGCAGCUUCUCCACAUCUGUAUCGGAUGGAUCAUUCCGAUACAGAUCUAUUAGCAGCACACAACAUGGACUACAAUGAACCGAAAGCAAUGUCAAUUGUGCUUGUCUACGUGUGAAGGUAGUCACGGUGUUCCUUAUACACAACUACAUAUAAACGCUGACAUACACACUCGUAUAUUGCUCUAAUGUUGUCCCACUUUAGUCUCCAAACAAACCAAGGCGCCCACUUUCCCUACUGCCGACGUUAGGGCAAUCGCAGCGCCAUCGAAACUACCUAGUGGGACUGGUAUGUCCAGUUUGAUCCACCUGGUCGAGACUCCGCCAAUCAUAAACGUGCCACACAGAGGUAUGUUGAGUUGUGUUGAACACUUCAUGCUCGACCCCACACUAGAUCCACUGAUGGCUACUGGAAGACUGUUUAACGUUUGACGAAAAUUGAUCAAAAACUUGGUUUGACAAACUUUGAGGCGCGUCAAUCUUUAGAAACAAGGAAGCACAUCGCUACUGGACAGCCAUUAUUUACAAAAGAUGGAAUCCAAGAAGAAACCAUUCUUCUUAAAGUUCCUGCAGCCGAAGAAGGCAGGUAAAAAGAAAGGGGGGAAAAAACUGGCCUACAGACGUAGCAUCUCGUUCCCUGACCUGCGGAUGCUGCCGGAAGCGGGCCUUCCGGACUCGCCGGGCCUCGCCAGCUCUCCCUCUCAAAGUGACAACGAAUCCAUUGCCAGUGAAAACGUCCCUUGCGAGCGGCCGUCCUCAGACAGAGCAAACUAUGACGUGGCCCCCGUGCUGCGGUACCCUCCCACCAGGGACUACGUGGACAACAGGAUCCCGGCACCUGCAGAGAGCUUCAACCUCUUCGACGACUCAGACUGUAUCAGGCGACGCAUGAACUCCUCCGGCAAAUGGAGCUUUCACAGUGAACCAGGCAGGGUCCCCAGAGCCAACGUGAUGGAGCCCGCGCCCUCUCUUCUGGCCCUUCCCGUCCCGUCGCCCAGACACGUCUCCGCCAACCAGCUGGUCGCACGGCUGGCGGCGUUGGACGGGAGGGAGAACUUCGACCGAUCGGACACCUCCUCCGUGGGGAUGUCGGAGGCGGUCUCCUCGGCGCUGUCCAGGGCCAGCUCCUUCGGGGAUCAGGUGAGGGGCCCGGCGUCGCCGUCCUUCUUGCGGGUGUCCCCGUCGCAGGGGGCCCGGGAGCAGGCCGAGCGCUGGGCCCCGCUGCCCGACGGCUACUCGGACGAGGAGCGCGGCGUGGUGACGUGGAACACGGACUCGGAGGACCAGGACAGGGAGAUCAUGUCCCAGUACUUCUCCAAGCUGGAGGAGAACCCGGCAGAGGAGGAGGAGGAGGAGGAGGAGCAGGAGGAGGAGAACCCGGCGAUGGAUCCCGAUGAGGUGAACGAGCAGGAUGACCUCUUCGAUGAGGUGAAGCGGGAUCUGUCCGACAACUCUGCCGGGCCAUCAGCUUCGACUAUAAGCCCUCUCCAAAGCCAGAGAUACCUGCUGAACAUCAACCUGAAGGAGGGGAAGAACCUGGCCAUUAAGAACAGGCGAUCUGCCACCAGUGAUCCCUACGUGAAGUUCAAGAUUGAAGGGAAGCAGUUCUACAAGAGCAAAGUGGUGUACAAGAGUCUAAAUCCCCACUGGAACGAGUCCUUCUCACACCCCCUGCGAGACAAGGACCAUGGCAUCGAGGCCCGGGUUUACGACAAGAAUCUGACCAGUGAUGAGUUCAUGGGCUCCACCAUGAUUUCCAUCAGCAACCUGGAACUGUACAAGAACUACGAGAUUGAGCUGCGUCUGGAUGAUCCUAAGAGUAAAGAAGAUAACCUGGGUUCCAUCGUCGUGGACCUCUGUUUGAUGUACAGAGAUGCAACCAUCAAGAGGAACCCGAUCAACAGAUGGCCACAAAAGAAGAAUAAGGUCAACAUGAACAUGACCGACGACGAGGAGGAAGAUGAUAAGGACACGAGGAGGAAGGGUUUGAUGGACAAGAUCCACAUGGUGCAAGAGGUGGUCCUCACCGUGCAGAGCAUCCUGGACGAGAUCGCCAACAUAGGGGAGCGCGUCAAAAACACCUUCAACUGGACGGUGCCCUUCUGCUCGUGGCUGGCCUGCCUGGUGCUGUUCCUGGCCACCACGCUGGCCUACUUCAUCCCCCUGCGCUACAUCGUCCUGGCCUGGGGCGUGAACAAAUUCACCAAGAAGCUGCGCAGCCCGCACGCCAUCGACAAUAAUGAAAUCCUGGAGUUCCUCAAGAGGGUGCCUUCUGAUGUUCAAAAGGUGCAGUACAGUGAGCAGAGACCGGCCGGCACGCACAACCUGCCGCGCAAGAAGAGGUGAGCGGGGCGGUGCAGGCCCCCGACGCGGGCCCCGGCCCCGUGGAGCCGGAGAACCACCGCUAUGCGCCGGCGUGCGGCCUCGGACCCCCGCUACGGUCGCCGGCUGUCAGCCAUGCCAACGCAUUCUCGCUGCCCCCCCCCCCUCGCCCCUCACCCCCGCCGGUGUGCAACCCUUCCCUUUCACAUCACCCGUUUCUUUCGGAGCCCCCUGCUGCUGGUGUGCGGACGGCCACUCUCUGUGGCUUAUGUGUCUGGGCUUGCGGCCCCCCGGUCCCCCCCCCCCUGUCAGGGGCUGUGCACUGCAGCGGCUAAAGGCCAGCACAUGGUGCUGUCAAUCACGCGGCUAGCAGCCUCAUGAGAGCUGCUGGCCGCCGUCAGCUGCCAUGGUUACAGUAAUAAUAAUAAUGAUGAUGCAGGACAUGAUUUUCUUUCCGCUCCUCUCUGAUAUGUACCGCUUGAGCCUGGGCUUAUUCAAAAACCAUCUAAUGAGAUUUAACUAAUAAUGUGAUUGGCAUUAUGGUGACUUUGGCAUUAUGGUAACUUGUUUUUGUUUGAAUGUCAAUUCUCCUACACGAAAAAAAGGACAAAUGAAGUGAAAUUGUGCUUUAAAUAUGUAUAUUUUCAGAAACUCAGAAUUGUUUUGAUUCUCUAUUAUUACCAAAGCCUUUUUUAUGUUUAUAAAUACAAUUUCUUGAAGAAA